AUGGUUUCAGCUGCUGGAGAUAUAGGCGCGCCUCCCAAGGAGGUAGAGAGUAAUGCGCCCGCCGUGCCAAAGACGGAACAGCCCCAAGCAGCAACAAUAGAGGAUGUUGACGAUGUCCCCGACCCGGACGAGGAUGAUCUCGACGAUCUUGAUGAUAUGCUCGACGACUUCUCAGCCGCGAAGGUCGAACCGACAAAGGCCGAGGUUCCUCUAGGGCCAACGAAGCCUCCCGCUGCCGUGGUGGCUAACACACAGGAGGGGGAGGACGGGGAGGAGGGUCUAGAUGAAGAGUUUGCGAAGCAACUUCAGGCCGGUAUGGCAGAUCUACUUGGAGGGUUGGGAGACUCGGCGGAGAUGCAAGCCCAGUUCGAAACCAUAUUCAAGGAGCUCGGUGCUUCGGCAUCAGCGAGCGCAAACAACACCUCAACAAACCCCACCCCACCGACCGCCGGCGGCAGCUCUUCGACCGCAGGUGCUACCAACGCGGACUCUUCCUUUCAAGAAACCAUCCGACGUACGAUGGAGCGCAUGCAGUCCUCGGGUGACCAAGCAACAGCUGCGGCCUCGGCCGAAGGCACCGAGGACUUCCUCGCCGAAUUAAUGAAGCAAAUGCAAGGCGCCGGGGUCGACGGUGGCGAAGGUGGCGAGGAGGAGUUCUCCAAGAUGCUCAUGGGCAUGAUGGACCAGCUCACAACGAAAGAGAUUCUUUACGAACCUAUGAAGGAGCUGGAUGACAAGUUUCCCGAGUGGCUCGAGAAGAACAGCGAGAAAACGUCGGCAGAGGACCUCAAACGGUACAAAGAGCAGCAGACUUUAGUCAAGGAGAUAGUCCUUAAGUUUGAGGAGCCAGGCUAUGCGGACUCCCACAAAGCAGACCGGGAAUACAUUGUCGAUCGAAUGCAACAGAUGCAAGCCUCGGGCUCGCCGCCACCUGACCUUGUCGGGGACAUGCCCUCGGCCCAGGACGCAUUCAAUAUGCCAGACGAGUCGUGCAACCCUCAAUAG